AUGAGACCAUUUCUAUGCUCAAUUUUAAAAUGCCAAAAAUGUGGAAGCACACAAUAUCCAAAACUAAAUCCAGAAGAAGUUUUUAAAGUAGCAUUGCCAGCUCACCUUCCAAGCAUUUCUAAAUUCAGAGAACAACAGAGUUUUCUAUCAGAUCUAAUAGAUGUAAUCUCGAAGAACCAUGGUAAAAUUUUUGAUAUAAACGAGGCAGAUCUUUAUGCUUUCCUCGAGCCCGAAAAUGCAACUUCGAUAGAAAACCUAAAAAUUAUAGAAUUGCUGUAUGGAGUCGAUAUUGUUGCAGGAACAAUAACGUGUGUUGACUGUGGGGAUACAAAAAACAUUAAAAAUGGAAUUUUAUUUUGUGAAGAAUAA